AGCAGUGAGACUCAUUACAAUAAAUACAAAACAAUCGUUGAAUGGAAAACUUAAAUUAUUUGUCAAUGACCAAGACCAUAAAGAUCCACUCGAUGCUGGACCAAUAGCACGAACAAAUGCUGAAGAAGUCUGA